AUGGGUGCUAGGUCUGUGCUGGUGCUGAGCUUGCUCUGUGUGUGGGGUGCUGUGAGGGCUGAGGAAGGUGGCCAUGAUCAGUACAAGACUCCUUCCUUCUGUGGGAAACUUGAAUGUCCUAGGUAUCAUGUAGAGCAGGACUUUAAAGUAAGUGGUUUUUUUUUUGUUUGUUUUUUUGAAUAUCUUAUUUUCAAAUGGUGGCUAUUUUGCGCCACUGUGUUAAUACUUGGUAGAUGCAUGUACCUGUUCAUAAUACAGAGUUAUUACCUGUAGGUGAGACUAAUCAUGGUGAUGUGUUAGUCUGAGGUAACAUGUAAAGACCAAUCACUAUGGGAUCUGCAGAAUGUUGUCAUAGUACCUUCCACACAAUGUGUCACCUGUUUUACCUGAUCAGGUUCCCCACGGCAGGUGGUGUGCUAAAGGGUAUCUAUGUCUGCACUACGGUAACCACCUAGCUGGCAUGUUGGGCUCAGAUCUGGUUAACAAGUGUGAACAUCCAAACUAUUAAAAGUCUAUUCAGUGAUCUAGGGAUCCACUGAUAUUAUGUAAUCAAUCUGCCUGUCAGAUUCUAACGCUUUUUAAUUUUUUUCUACCAUGUUAAAACUAGUGUUAAGAGUGUUUAUUCACUAAUCCAAAGUAUUCAUCCACAAAGCGCAGCUUAGUUAUAGGGGCCCUCUUGUGCAGCCCAAGUUUAUUCAAAGUAUAGACUAUUCGGGACCUUUAUUCCUUUAUCAAUGAUAAAUGCUGACUGGGUCCUGAAACGUCUGUACUUUGAAUAAACUCGGGCUGCACUAGUGGGCCCCUAUAACUAAGCUGCGCUUUGUGGAUGAACACUUUGGAUUGCUAUGUUUUGCUUUCUGUUGGGGCUACAGCAGCUUAUACAUAAUGGCUGCUCUAGGGAAAACUAUUUUGCCUUUGGUAUUGUGUUAUACCACACCCCAAAGAUCAUAUGUCUGCUUAUUCACUAAACUGGGAAUUGUAGAGACCUGAUGUGGAACAUUUUAGGUCAAAAUGAAAACUCCACUUGCCAACAUUGUUCCCUGCUUAACAAAUGUGCCCUUAAAUUUGCCAUUCUCUAGGAAGUUGUCAAGUCCUCAGCCACUUAAUAGACCAUAGUGUGCACCCUAAAGCACAAACACACACCGCGUGUAUAUGUAUGUGUAUAUAUGUGUGUGUGUGUGUGUGUGUGUGUGUGCUGCGUGAGGGUGGUUUGAGGAUGUUGUGUUAAAGGGUGCUGUUAUUGGGUGUGUGGGUGAUUGUGGGGGUACAUUACUUAAUAUCCCCCCUCCCUUCUUACCUUAUGUAGGGAGGGGGGAUUCUUGUUCCUGCUGCUUUCCCUGGUGGUGGUCCAGUGGAGAGUGAGCUCUAGCCCAUGAGCAACGCUCAGAACUCGUGAGAGGAACCCGGCGGAGCUGCUGGUUGAGCUCCCCGGGUCCUCUCCUGCCUCCCUCCAUGCUGCAGUGGGGAGGGAGGCUGAGAGCAGAGCUGGUGCUCAGAUAGCGCCGGCUCUGCAUGAGCCGACAGGGUAGAUCCUGCCGUGGGGAUGCACACCUAUGAAUAGACCCAUGUGUAUAAAUGCAAAAUUAUAUUUCUAUAAUUUGUUUCUCUCCUCAAACUACACUCAAUACCCCAUAAUGACAAAACAAAUGCCACACUUCAAAACUCUGUGUAAAGGGGGGGGAGGUGAGAGGUACUGAGGAAGGCUACAAAAUAUUUUGUCUGUAUGUAUGCACUAUACUACACUACAAUCCAAAUAGAUCUCUUGGCUCUGUAAAAGGGACCCUGCUGGCUAGCUGUGUGCUGUAUGAACAUGUAAUAAAGUCACUCUUAAUGUAAUAUUUCUGUGUUCCAGAGUUUUGAGCUUCGUGUCUAUGAAGCCACUCAGUGGGUGUCGACACCUGUGAAUCUAAAUGUAUUUGGCACAGGGAAGGCCUUUAGACGCUUGUUUAAGUAUAUCACUGGAAGCAAUAGUGAAGGUGAGUAGGUUUUGCUUUUCACGUUUACCUGUGGUAGCCUAGAAAAUGGCAUUGCUAAUUAAAUAAAAAAAAUUUACUCUUCAACAUAAAGGUUGGUCAUCGCCGAUGGAAAUUAGUGUGACUGCUAAAAACAAUCGCUUCCAAUUACAGUGAUUAGACUUUAUUUAGAAGAAAAAUGAUAAUUGUAAUUACUACUUAAAGUGAGCAGAAAGUGUCUGUCAUUCUUCGUACCAUUUUAUGUGUUUCAGGAUAUCUCUAAUCUCUCAGCGUUUUGCAAACUAUAGCACCGGGGAAACUUUACUCCUGAAUAGGGACCUGGUCGGGUGACCGGGCACCUCUGUCGGCCGACUGGGAAUAAGUGACAGCCUGUCACUUCCUCCCAGCGUCAUGCAGGGAGGCAGCCUUAGCACUUAGUGGAUUUUUCAAAGUGGUAUUCGUGUAUUAUUUCAGCAAUCAACGUUUCGACCCAGGAGGUCUUUAUCAAGACCUUGAUAAAGACCUCCUGGGUCGAAACGUUGAUUGCCUAAAUACACGAAUACCACUUUGAAAAAUCCAGAGUGCUCUCCUCAUUCAUUCAUUCAUUCAUUAUUUAUCUCUCUAGCUCUCUAUCUCACAGUUCAUCUCCCCACCUUCUGCAUUACAUUACGAACUGUGAAUGUCCUAAUACGUUUGGCUUGUACUGUAAUGAUGAGGGGGGGAAAAAAAAAUGUAAGUGGUAAAUUAAGAAAUUGUUGUUUUUCCCCAUGUUCUGGGUUGCAUUACUAUUUCUUUAUCACUUGGGGGAAAAAAAUGAUUAUUUCUUUUUAAUUAAAUGUGUGUUUUUCUUCUUUAUUGCUUCUGGCUGGAUUGGCAGAUACUGACCAAGCCUUGCAUUUUCCAGAUUAGCUUGAUUUUAAGAUCAAUUGUUAAGGAAAAUACCAAGUUCCUGGAAGACUUUUGAUCUGAGCUGAAAUGCUUUCCAUAAAACCUAAGCCAGCUAAUAGUAUGAUCUCUAGCAUGUUACCAGCAUAAAGUGAUUCACUAAACUCCUAAUUGUUGUGCAUUUAAAUCUGAAUGGAAAAAAAAUAGUUUAUCUGAUCCAAAUCUGGCUAAGCGUUUCAACUGAUCACAAUCUGUUACAAAAAAGCUUUUGAAAUUAGUUACUUAUAAAAACUCUGCUAGGCUUUAAUUGAAAUUUAAUUCUCUAAAUAAAUCAUUUGGAAUUGUUGUGUGGGUUUUUAUUCAUUUCUUUUCUUUCAGGUCUGAAGAUUAACAUGACUGUGCCUGUAUUGGUGUAUCUGCCCAUUAAUAAUCCUUCUGCUAAUGCAACCAUGUCAUUCUACCUUACACCUACACUGAGUCCUCCAAAACCACUGGACCCUGAUGUGUUCUUGGGGAAUGCCGGAGAAACACGUGUCUAUGUCAAGUAAGUUCGUUUACGUAUUUCUCUAGGCCUAUUUUGAAGCCCCGGCCAAGAGGAGCAAUUUGUAGCUCCAUGCUGAAUCUCUGAAGGGUUACUUUUUAGCAGUGUACUCCAAAUGGGUGCAAAGUUGCAGUAUAGUGUGAGUGAAAUGUCCAUCUCGGUACUAUUUAAUGCUACCUGUAGCCCAUGCUACCAGAUAUAUAGAUUGGCGAAAAACCUACUUAAAAAUGCAUUUUUUUUUGUUUUUUUUUUUCUCUCGACGUUCAUUAAUUGCCACGGCAGACACUCCGUGCUGAUGUGUUGACUUACAAGGCAGAGCAGAAACGACUUCUCACAAAAGGUCCUUCUGCUCUCCCAAGCAUGGCAACCACAGAGCUUGUGCUGCAGUUACUAUGGAAACUCCCUUGCAGGAGCUGAGGCUACGGAGUAUAAUAAAAGAGUAACAUGACAUCACUCUGUUCUGACACUGGCAACAAAGACAACAUGCCGGUGUACUUGGGAUGGUUUGACUAGGGCUGAAUAAAUAAAGUAACUUAAUGAGUCAUGUAAGACUUUAGCUUAAUGAAGCAGUUUGGGUAUCUAGAUCAUGCCUCUACAGUUUCAUUGCUCAAAUAUCUGCUAUUUAGGAGUUAAGUCCCUAAUGUUUCUGUUUAUGCUGCCCUAGCCAUACCUAGUCUGGCUGUGAGUGAAGAUCAAACAAUUUUGUUUUAAUGCAAGCUGUGUCAAUCAGAUAAACUUUAGAAGUUAUUUAGUUUCUUGCUCUAUUGAUUGAACUUUAAUUACAUACAGGAUGCUCUUGCACAGUGUAAAGCUUUUAACCGUGCAGGACAUAAAUUCUUAAACAGAAUUUGCAAUAAAGGAAGUGUAAACAUUAGAUGACUCUUUACAGGAAGUGAUAAAGAAGUCUGUAAGUCACAUACAGCUGUGUUUAGAGCUGUAUAAACAAAGUGACUUUACCUAGUAAACAUGGGCAUAAUGAUGGGGGGGGGGAGGGGGGUGUCAAUGUCCAGUGGGGAGGUCAGAGCUUGGUGGUCUCCUACUGUAUUGGAGUGUAACUGUGGCAAUGCCAUGCUACAUGCCCCUGUGCUGGCCAGAAGGUACUGUCUGCAACCACUGUGGGGGAGCAGACUAGCCUAUUUUCCAACUGGACCACCAGAGAUAAGGUGUCCCCUCCCUGGCCAAGGCGGAGGUAAGCGGAAAUAAAUUAAUCAAGGAGGAAUUUAUAUUUCAAAAUUCUAUUGUGUACUGCUUUAUCUGCAAAGAAUAUGGACUGGACCUGCCUAAAUCGAGAUGGGAGAUACCACAAAGUGUAGUUGAGCAUGACAGGGCUAAGAUCCUGUGGGACUUUUGGAUUAAGACCAACAAAGUAGUGGCCAACCAAUCUGACAUUGUGGAUGUGACUAUAACAUCAGAAAGAAGGAACAUGAGAAGGUAGACCGAUACCAAGGACUGAAAGAAGAGAUAGAAAGGAUGUGGAAAGUGAAGUCAGCAGUAGUCCCAUGAGUGAUAGAAAUAAUCUGGCCAGUGACCCUCCAGUUGUGGGACAUCUGGGAUCGCUGUCCAGAAGAGUGCAGUUCUAGAAACAUUCAAAAAUAAAGAAUUGAAGCAAAAAAAGUACACAAUACUUAAAUAACUAGAAGGUGAGUCUUUAUCUGUGUAUCCCUCCUCUACACCAACUGCAGCAAUUAUCACCCCUGCGACCACUACUGUGAUGUAGUGGUGGAAAUUAUUGGUGCCCCCCUCCUAUUUUGAAUGUGAUAUCUUAUGUGAGCUCCCUGUGUAUUGUUCCUAAAUGGUAGAGAAUCGAGCAGUGAGACUGCAGCGGCAUGAUCUAUAUACCAAAGCUGCUUCAUUAAGCUAGUUAUUUUGGUCAUGUCUCCCAACUGUCCCAAUUUUGGUACAACAGUCCUGAUUUUUCAGGUGUUGUCCCGCCUUUUGGGGACACCAGGGAACUGUUCCCAACGAUGAUUAUCAUAAGAUGUACUUGUGGGGCAGGGAUAGGCAACCUUUGGCACUCCAGAUGUUGUGGACUACAUCCCCCAUAAUUCUCUUACACCCAGAAUGCUGGCAAAGCAUCCUGGGAGGUGUAGUCCAAAACAUCUGGUGUGCCAAAGGUUGCCUAUGCCUGAUGUAGGGAGCACUAACCUAGUGUUCCCUGCAUGUUCCAUCAGUGGGCCAGCUAAAAUGUUUGGCAGGCAGCUUGGUGUGUAUUCACAACAGGCUGACCUCCCGCUUACAUGGGCAGACUCGCCCCCUUUUCCUGGCAGGUUCACCUCUUUGGGUUGGCGCUAGUGACAUGAUCCCAUCAGUGGCUUGCCCCAUUUACCUUCCUCCCACCGACUACCUGACUUCUCAGGACGCUGGUGUUGGGAGGUAUGUUUUUGGUGCCUAUAGUGUCACUUUAACCCCUUAAGGACACAUGACAUGUGAAACGUCAUGAUUUCCUUUUAUUCCAGAAGUUUGGUCCUUAAGGGGUUAAGCUAUAGUUUUGGUGGAUUAAAAAAAAAUUGGAUUUUGCUACUAGUUUGCACAAAGUAUAUAAUGGGAAAACAUUUUUAAAGAUGGAUUCGAUACCUUACGAAUAAUACGUUGUUACAGAAAGUUCCAAUCACAUAAGUUGGGGAUGUUAUGACAUAAGGACACAAAUAUGCCAGAAUCUGCAUGUGACGUCACAUACAAGUAUAUGGCAACACUGACCAGAACUGAGAAAGGAGAAAGAAACAUAAGCGUUUAACACUUGUGUCUAGAUGCCACCAUUAUGACCCUUUCAGACAUUCGUUUCAUCCACUAUUAAGGCUCAAUCUGAUGUUAGUCUUAAGUUACCUAGAGGUACAGACUACAACUAUUCUUUGUGUUUUUGUUUUGUGGAGUCACAUCACCAAUCUCUUUACUGUUAUCUUUAGCCUAAAUCUUAAAUACAUUUACAAAAAUGACUUUUUAAAAAAAUUUUUUGUUUUUGUUUUUUUUUGUUUCCCCCUCCAGGUCAUUUGGUGGCUAUGCUUUUGACUAUGAAUACGCAAAGCAAGCCAAACUGUUGUCAGAAGAGCUGCUUGCCCAUGGAAUUCAAUUUGAUGAUUCCGCUUAUGAACGUGCUGGCUAUAAUGAUCCAUUCACAUUUUUUAACAGGCACAAUGAAGUUUGGUACUUGGCAAAAUAA